GCCAGGGCUCGCAUGUGACGGAGCGGCUUCACUGACGGGAACAAAAUUGGGCGCCGGGUGCAGCGGCUGAAGGCCGAGUGCAUGGAUGGACAGCGCUGCCUGCGCUGACUACCUCGUGGUGAGCCAGAUUCUCGACUACGUGCCCGUCAGCGACCUGUUCAACACCAGCGAGGUCUGCCGCCUCUGGCAAAUCAUCAGCCUCGGUCUACUGAGGCGGAAACUGCGCUACCUCUGCUACUGCCACAUAAAAUCGGAGGAAAAAUGCCCAACAACAACAAGAGGACUGCCAAAGUUUCUGGAAGACUUCUGCCGGGAUCUCCGACGAUUUAUCCAAAUUGCCCAACGAGCGGGGUGCAGCCCCACGUUCGGUUUCCUGUCGUAUUCGUCCAACCCGAAGGACGAAAAGGCUGUUGUUCAACAGGUGCAGAGCCAGCUGUCCCCAAGAUGUGUGGUUGUGUACCACCGGUCGAAAACUAUAACUAUGCGACCUCGGGACGACCCUACCAAGGCGUGCAGUGUGCACCGGGGAAUAACGGGAGCCUUCCUGUUCGGCCCGUCACCACCUACGCCAUGCCACCGCCGCCCCAGCAGCAGCAGCAGCAGCAGCAGCAGCAGCAGCAGCAGCAGCAGCAGCAGCCUGUUGUAGCGGAGGCGGCGGGCAGCAGCAAGUCGUGCCCUGCUACGGUGGCUCGCGAUGUCCCCGGCGCCCCAGUACCGGCGCCAGUGCAAUUUCAAGCGCAGCCGGUUGGAAAAACUGUCCAAGCUGCUCCGACGCGCUGUACUGCGGCGCCCAGUGGAAGACCCGUGCCUGCGGAAUGUGGCCCCGGGUGUCAUGCUGUUCCACUCGUUCCGUAUUCCCAUGGAGGACGGCCGCAGCCUGACAACUCACUGGAAAGAAGAACAUACGGGGAGAAUUGUGGCCGUGUCGUUUAUGCGCCUGUUCCAGCAGCGCGAUGCAAUGCAUGUCCGCAGCCUGCUCAGCAGUUUUCGUCGAGAGUUCAGCCCAUGCCGCAGCAGCAACAACACUCGCAGCAAUCGCCGCGCCAACACUCCCUGCAGUACUCGACCCAACCCGGUCGACAGCAGUACCAGCAGCUGCAGCCGAGACAGCAGCAGCAGCAGCAGCAGCAGCAGCCCCAGGGACACGUUUGUUAUCGUCCUGCAGAAUUCCAUGGAGGAUACGCAGGAACUUCAGGCGCUGGUGGAACUGUUCCCGCAAGUGCCGGUCAUGUCCAUCAGUGGUGAAUUUCUCCGUGACGAGGAGCUGCUGCUCCUGGGAGAGCCGCUUGCCAAGC